AUGUCAGCUGUUUUUACAACAAAAAGGCCCCAUAAGAAGUCGAGGGCCGGAUGUCAAACUUGCAAGACAAAAAAGAUCAAGUGUGAUGAAGCUAAACCAAAAUGCUCGUUUUGUGAAAUCAGAAAGCUUCCCUGUCAAUACAUACAAAAGGCCGCCAAGGUGAAUGAUACGAUUAGUCCGACGGAACAUGAGCAAACUACGUCUUUAGUAAAAUCUAGUACUCAUGGUCGGCCUGUUCAAUCAGCUGAGCCCUCAUGGGACCCGAGAAGUACACCAUUCCCGCCAUUGCGUACAGCCUCUGGAGUACUCUCCGUAAUGGAUCUACGUAUGGUGCAUCAUUAUUCUACAUAUACAGGACCAAUCGUGGCCCUCGGACCCGCAGCAUGCCAUGUAAUGAAAGUGGUUGUUCCAUCUCUUGCCUUUGACAAUCCAUUCUUAUUGAAUGGAAUGUUGGGGCUGGCAUCUCUCCACAAUCAGUAUCUACUUCCACAAAACGAAGAUCAUAAACGGCAAACAGCUCUUUACCGUGGAAAGGUAUUUCGUGAUUAUCGCGCUGCAUUAGCGACCGUUACCAAGGACUCGAAGAACUACGAAGCAGUUCUUGUGAUGGCAUUACUUCUUGUAGUGCUUGCCUCAGGAGACCGGGGUGAAAACGAUGAGCUCACGGUAGCAAGCUGGAUGGGUUUAUAUAGCGGACUGCGUAUUAUCGUUUCGAUGAAAACCCCAGAUGGAGGUGUAAACGACACUACUUCUGUUGGUCCACUGUUCGUCCGAAAUCUUAACGAUUUACUCACUACUCCGUUGGUCCCAUCUGCCCUAUUACAUAUGCUACAUAUGGAUCCUGACGAUCAAGAUUAUGAGAACUUGCAGGUAUAUUGCGGGACUUUGGAUGCUUUAGGCAACCUUUAUGCAAGUCUUCGUCAAGAUGAACUUAGCGUACCUUUGUUCAUUCGUAUAAUCUCGUGGCCAUCAUUCACGCCUAACGAAUUUACAGCUUUAGUAAAGAGCAAACGGCCUAGAGCACUGAUUAUCUGCGCGUACUACAUGUCCUUUAUCAAACUCGUUUCUGGACUUUGGUGGCUCGAGGGCUUAGCAGAUCGUGAUAUUCGCGCCAUCACUAAUAUGCUGAGUCCCAACUGGAACUAUGUACUGGAUGUUCCACUGGAAAUAUUGCACACACAAGACAGACAUAAAAUCGUCGAUAUACUACUUCGAUGA